GGGGAGACGAGUUUCAGGUAGAGAGUGUAAUUCGAGGUGAUAAUUGAAUUUAUUCUGAAAGCUAAAAAACUAUUCGAGAACAUUAAUUAAACUAUUAUAAUUGAACAUAAUGGAAUCAGUGCAAAACAAAAACAGUUUCUUUCCAGCUUUUCAGUGUUUAAGUAUUCCAAUAACUCUGCAAAAAGAAAUUUCCGUCGAUCAAGAGGGAAAGGAAGUUGCAAGAUGUGGCUUUAAAAUUGGAGGUGGUAUCGAUCAGGAUUUCACUAAAUCUCCACAAGGAUAUACUGAUUACGGCAUUUAUGUGACUGACGUUACACAAGAUUCUCCUGCAUCCCGGGCUGGAUUGCGAGUUCAUGAUAAAAUAUUACAGUGUAAUGGUUACGAUAUGACUCUAUGUACUCAUAAAAAAGCUGUAAGUUACAUCAAAAAGAGUUCAGUUCUGAAUCUUUUAAUUGCAAGAAAAGGUGUCACAAGCAACUGUUAAUCAACCAAAUCCUACGUGUAUAAGUUAAGGGAUGAAGCAGCAAUAAAUAAUCAUCUGAUUUUAUCUUUGAACAUUCCGAAUAUUUCAUAGUAUUGCGUAAGAUAAGAAUGAAAUUUUAUUUCUCAUUUCAUUCCUCAAAUAAUUUUAUUACUGUUUACCAAAAAAAUGGAAAAGAAAUAACUUUAACAAUAAUUCUGCUUGAUAAUUAAAGUAUUUUAGAAAAAUAAUUAUGUUUCAUGUCAUUAAAAUUGUUUUUAUAUAAAUUGAUUUAUAUAGGUAUCUAGAUAAGUUCGAAUAAAGUUUAGAUGUGAAGGAAAUUUUAAAUAA